UUUUUCUUUCUUGGGCGCGCAAGCGCAGUUCGUCCCAGUGUGAGAGAAGGAAGAGAGACAGAGAGAGAGAAGGGAAAGAGGAGGGAAAUGGCGGCGGCGGCGGAGGGGAGCCCUGGAGCGGGUCUAGCCGGGAUGGUGGAGGAGGCGCCGGGGGAGCCUCAAGGCGCCCCCAGCCCUGUCCCCGCCGUCGCCUCCGUCUCCGAGUCUCCCCCGACGAGACCGGACCUAGCGGGCCCAGAAGCGGAUCCUGAGGGCGGAGGAGGAGAAGGAGCGGUGGGAGGCCGGGGAGCGAGGAGGUUCCUCUGCGGCGUCGUCGAAGGAUUUUAUGGAAGGCCUUGGGUUAUGGAACAAAGAAAGGAGCUUUUUAGAAGACUUCAGAAAUGGGGACUAAAUACAUAUCUAUAUGCACCAAAAGAUGACUACAAACACAGGAUGUUUUGGCGAGAAAUGUAUUCCGUGGAGGAAGCUGAGCAGCUCAUGACUCUGAUUGCAGCUGCUCAAGAAUAUGAGAUAGAGUUCAUCUAUGCCAUCUCUCCUGGGCUUGAUAUUACCUUCUCAAACCCUAAAGAAGUAUCUACAUUGAAACGCAAGUUGGACCAGGUUUCUCAGUUUGGCUGCAGGUCUUUUGCAUUAUUGUUUGAUGAUAUUGAUCAUAAUAUGUGUGCAGCAGACAAAGAAGUGUUCAGCUCCUUUGCUCAUGCCCAGAUUUCAAUCACAAAUGAAAUUUUCCAGUAUCUUGGAGAGCCAGAAACAUUCCUGUUCUGUCCCACAGAGUAUUGUGGCACUUUUUGCUAUCCAAAUGUUGCACAGUCUCCUUAUUUACGAACUGUAGGAGAAAAACUGUUACCUGGAAUUGAUGUGCUAUGGACAGGUCCCAAAGUAGUAUCUAAAGAAAUUCCUGUGGAAUCCAUUGAAGAAGUUUCUAAGAUAAUUCGCAGAGCUCCAGUCAUCUGGGACAACAUUCAUGCUAAUGACUAUGAUCAGAAAAGACUGUUUCUUGGGCCAUAUAAAGGUCGAUCUACAGAACUCAUCCCACGCUUAAAGGGAGUCCUGACCAAUCCAAACUGUGAAUUUGAAGCCAACUUUGUUGCUAUUCACACUCUUGCAACUUGGUACAAAUCCAACAUGAAUGGAGUAAGGAAAGAUGUUGUGAUGACUGACACAGAAGACAGUACAGUUUCAAUCCAGAUUAAACUGGAGAAUGAAGGGAGUGAUGAAGAUAUUGAAACAGAUGUACUCUAUAGUCCGCAGAUGGCCUUGAAGUUGUCAUUAACAGAGUGGCUGCAAGAAUUUGCAGUACCUCACCAGUACAGCAGUAGACAAGUGGCUCAUAGUGGGGCUAAAACAAGUGUUGUAGAUGUUCCUCUCGUUGCACCAUCUGCUUUAAAUUCUACCACUGUGGUUACCACAGUUUACCAAGAGCCUAUAAUGAGUCAAGGGACUGCACUGAGUGAUGAGUCUCAGGUUCUGGUAAAAGAAGAGGAGAAAAAGCAAUUGGAUGAGGAACCAAUGGACAUGGUGGUGGAAAAGCAAGAUGAUACUGAUAAGAAUAUCAAUCAAAUAUUGACUGAUAUUGCUGAAGCAAAAAUGUCAGAGGAGCUGAAACCAAUGGAUACUGAUAAAGAGAGCAUAGCUGAAUCAAAAUCUCCUGAAAUGUCAAUGCAGGAUGAUUGUGGUAGUGAUGUUGCACCUAUGCAGACAGAUGAGCAAAUGAACAAGGAGCAGUUUGUGCCUGGUCCCCAUGAGAAGCCAUUAUAUGCAGUAGAGCCAGUGACUCUGGAAGAUCUGCAGUUGCUUGCAGACUUAUUCUACCUCCCAUAUGAACAUGGGCCCAAAGGGGUUCAAAUGUUACGAGAGUUCCAGUGGCUCAGAGCUAACAGUAGUGUUGUUAGUGUGAACUGCAAAGGAAAGGACUCUGAAAAGAUUGAAGAAUGGCGUGCUCGAGCUGCCAAGUUUGAAGAGAUGUGCAACUUGGUGAUGGGCAUGUUUACUCGUCUUUCCAACUGUGCCAACCGGACAAUCCUGUAUGAUAUGUACUCAUACGUCUGGGACAUCAAGAGCAUCAUGUCAAUGGUGAAAUCUUUUGUACAGUGGCUAGGGUGCCGUAGUCAAUCUUCAGCACAGUUCUUAAGUGGAGACCAAGAACCCUGGGCCUUUAGAGGUGGUCUAGCAGGAGAGUUCCAGCGUUUGCUGCCUAUUGAAGGAGCAAAUGAUCUGUUUUUUCAGCCACCUCCUCUGACUCCUACUUCCAAAGUCUACACCAUCAGACCCUAUUUUCCUAAAGACGAGGCAUCUGUCUACAAGAUUUGCAGAGAAAUGUAUGAUGAUGGAACUGAUCAGCCUUUCCAUAGCCAGCCAGACCUAAUUGGAGACAAGCUGGUAGGUGGCUUGCUGUCCCUCAGCCCAGAUUACUGCUUUGUCUUGGAGGAUGAAGAUGGCAUCUGUGGCUAUGCUCUGGGUACUGUUGAUGUAACACCCUUCAUUAAGAAGUGCAAAAUUGCCUGGAUUCCUUUCAUGCAGGAGAAAUAUAGCAAGCCAAGCAGUGAUAAGGAGUUAUCAGAGGCAGAGAAAAUCAUGCUAAGCUUCCAUGAGGAGCAGGAAGUUCUGCCAGAAACAUUCCUUGCCAAUUUCCCAUCAUUGAUAAAGAUUGAUAUCCACAAAAAGGUGACUGAUCCAAGUGUGGCUAAAAGCAUGAUGGCCUGUCUGCUUUCUUCUCUCAAGGCAAAUGGUUCCCGUGGUGCAUUCUGUGAAGUCCGACCAGAUGAUAAAAGAAUCCUGGAAUUUUAUAGCAAGUUGGGAUGCUUUGAAAUAGCUAAAAUGGAGGGAUUUCCAAAAGAUGUUGUUAUCCUUGGAAGGAGCUUGUAAGGAGAUUGCCAGUCAACAUUUCAUACUGUAAUCACCUAACUGUUGGAGAGUGGUGAGCCUGAAGUUUAUCUUAUUGUCUGUCAAUGCAAAGGCAGCAGUCAGCUGGCCUGACAGAUAUUAUAUGAAAAAAUCAUCACUCACUCUCUCUGAGAUGCUGCUCAAAACACCAACUGAUAUUGGUCAUCCUCAUUUCUGGUCUAAAGCCAAGUGCCAAGGAAUACUGCAUAUGAUGUAGCCUUGGGAAGAGAUCUGCAUGAGUUCUGAAAGAGGUACUGGUACAGUUCAUAUACCCACCUCUGUAUUCAACAGAAUGGCUGUCUUCUCCAUUUCCCCUCUGUCAUGAUAUGGGAUUUUCCUUUUGCAGAAGGAAGUUGAUUGACUAUCAAAAAAUGAAUACGGACAACUCCGGGCUUUGUUGGCUGUCAUGUUUACUGAUAGGGAAAUGAAUGGUCAUUGCCUCUAAAGAAUAUUGGUUAAGCUUUGUGCUUUGUAGGGAUAAACUGUGCAUUUGUCUGUGGCAAAGUCACUCCGUGGCAGAAGUGUAAAUUUCAGUGUGUAAAUAUAUAUAAACUUGCUGUAUGCUGACACUUUGUGUUUAAUCGUUUUGUAAUUAUUUUGCUUUCCAAAGCAAAGUGGUAUUGUUUUGAGACAGCACUUUUGAAUAAUGUUUAGCCACAGAGGCUGAAGCCAACUUCGCUGCUGGCCUCUUCUGCUGUGCCUCACAUCCUUCACUAGAAAUGUUGGUUUUAUGAAAAGAAGAGUGCUAAUUUGGAAGGAUUAUUCCUUAAUUAAAAGAUAAAUUCUCAAAAGGUGGAAUAAAUAUCUCCUACGGGGGGGGGGGAGGGAAACUGGUUAGAGGACAAUCCAGGAAGAUAAUUAUUGCCAGUCAAUUGACCAUCCAUACUGGUUGAGAGGAAGAGGAGAGUACUGUGGGUUGCAGCUCCCCUUUCCCCUGAGGAAAGGCAGUCAAGUUACAUCGGGGUCUUCAGGCCAUGCAUGUUUAUGACAGACUUUUAUGUGGACAAAAUAAGCACAUUUUACAAAUAAUUUAAGUAGCUGACUAAUUUUAACAUUACGGCUUGUUCCAAACAUACAAAGAUCUUACCAAAAUCUGACAAGUGGAACCUGCAUGGCUAGGAAUUCUAGUAAGGAGCUAGGCGAGUUAGUACUAUUCCAUUUAAAGCCUUGUUCCCACAAGGUAAUCGGCCAACACCACACCUCAUUUCUUUCACUUGCUGUACCAACUGUAUUUGCUUCCUUUGAAAAUACUGCUUUUAGGAAGGAUGGAAGUUGAGUUGACUUUUUUAAAAAACCCUGCCUCUGUGUAGACUUUGAAGAAAGUUUAUAUACUUUUUCAAAUAGCAAUUUAUUGCCAGUGCAGUAUGCAGCCUCCUUUGAGAAGCUGGUGUUUGGCCUUGAUUAUAGUUACACUCACAGGUGGAUUUUCACUGUGUGGACAGUUUUAAUAACAGAGUAUUUAAACCCAGCAAGAACAUUUCGCUUAGGGGACUGAGACACUGAAUUGUGAUGAUAAAUCUUGUAUAAUCCCAAGAUGACUGUUACAAGUUUGCUCUGGCUUUGAAUACAUGCAGAGAACCUGGCCACUUCAUGUAGUUUUAAUUAGAUUUCAAAAAGAAGAAAAAUGUAUUUAAGACAUUAUUCAUUUUGGAGGAGAGGUCUUGAUUUUUCUACUGUUAACAUAAACUCUUAUAAAAUUAUCACUGUUUUAAGUUAAUUGUAUGAUAGUCUUGAAAAUGUGGGUCAGUCCCUUGCUAUGCGGUUGUAAAGCAAUACAUUGACACAGCUUUCAAGGCUAUCAGGUUUCAUUGCAUACAGUUGGAAUACCACUUUCAUGACUAUCUUUGGAUCUACUGUAUCUGUAGCAGAACAACAGACUUUGUAAAAUUGUAUUUGGAGACCAUGUGAGAAAUAGAAUAAAUUGCAAAGUUGAAUGUAAAUACAUGUCUCUGUAUAAUAUUGCAGAAUGAGGAAAGUGGGUGGAGAAGGAUAUUGUUCAUGAUAUGCUUUAGAGCAGUCUACUGAUUAUAUGGCAGAGGUGAAUAGUUUAUAAUGGCCUCAGUUCCUUAACCUGUCCCCAGUGUACAACAAAUAUGCUUCUGAACUGUGUUCAUUGCCUCUUAAGUCUAAAUGUGCUGUUGUAAAUGUGCUGUUCUGAAAAUGUAAUACAAACUCACGGCUAGCUGUGUUGACCACAAAACAAAUGUGGACUUCAGAGCUGUAGGGGUUUAUUUUGAAGUUGGCCAAACUUAAGUUUAUAUCUAGAAGUCACAAAACAUAUUUUGAAAUAAAAAAGGGUUAGCCCAAUUAAAAGCCUUUGAAGCUAGGAUACUGGUUCCUUACUGCAGAUUGUUUUGAAGGAAAGGGAAAAGAGACAGGAGAGCUACAUAGGAUCAUGAAACAUACAGAAUAUAUUGCCUGAAAAUUGUUUUCCUUUUUUUAAAUUUGUUCAUACUACAUAUUUUAAAACUUAAGUAAAUCUACUAGACAUUUGCUUUUUAAAAAUCUUUCUACAAGGUGGCUGAGUAUACAGUAUGCUCUUUUUUCUCCAGCCUGCUCUAGAAUGAGAAUAGCAUAUAACAGCAUGAAGAGCAGAAUUAGUGACUGUUGUAUUUAUUUAUGAGACUAAUUGAAGUAUAAUCAAAUUUCCAUGCACACACUGAGAAUUCUGUACAGCACAUGAGUCAAAGUGGUAAAGGGCUUUUGAGGGUCUGAUAGCCUUUUCUAACAACUCUUUUUUUUCUUGUUCUGUUACAUAGCAGUAAAGAGCAUGAUGAACACCAGUACAUUAGUCUUGUGUAACAUUGGUAACUAUUGUUAAAUCAUUGUGUCAGAGUAACUGAUUACCAGGUAGAUUAUGAAGAAAUCUUAGGAGCAAUUCAAGAGGCCAUUGUUUGCCUGUUUGGAUGGCUUAACUCCCUAUUAUGUAGCCUUGCUGCUCUCAAAGAGACAUCUGACAUGAAGCUUCUUUUUCCUAAGAAUGCCACCUGUACACCUUCCUAGUUGUUGCAGGUGAGCAUGUCAGACCUUAUCUUUCUCCCAAUCCCACAAGGUUUAUAUUGAGAUACAUGGAAAACUGCCUUUUCCUGAACAUCAUCAGGGUCCACUGCUAAUCGCAUGUAAGUUGACCUGCUGUUAGGUUAUGCAAAAUCCAAAGUGGUUUGUUCCUUUUUGCUUUUGUUUGUCUGAUCUUUCUUCCAUUUUAUAUUUUUUAAUCCCAUAUUCCUUACCUAAAAUAAAAUCUUCAAUUUGGAA